AACCGUGACACGGGAUAGGCGGGUGCAGUGUUAAACACACACAGUCACUGUGUAACUGAGCUACUAGCAGUAACAAGAUCUAGCAGCCUUGCUCAGUUAAAAAAAACAUCAGCUGUCAGGUCUACACAAGUACUCCGAAGACUUUUUUAUUUUUUUUCAAAUCAUCUUCAGACGAACGCUUAAACUAAAGCCAAACCAUGAAUGGACCAGUAGAAGGUUUAGUAGACCACCAUAUGGAUGAUGUUGGAUCUUUUAUGUUCACUUCAGAGUCUGUGGGAGAAGGACAUCCUGACAAGAUCUGUGAUCAGAUAAGUGAUGCUGUUCUAGAUGCUCAUUUAAAGCAAGAUCCUGAUGCCAAGGUUGCAUGUGAAACAGUCUGCAAAACUGGCAUGGUUCUGCUUUGUGGGGAAAUAACAUCUAGAGCAGUUGUGGAUUAUCAGAAUGUUGUUCGCGACACCAUUAGGUACAUUGGAUAUGAUGAUUCCGAAAAAGGUUUUGACUAUAAAACCUGCAAUGUUCUUGUAGCUCUGGAACAACAAUCUCCUGAUAUUGCACAAGGUGUUCACUUAGAUCGUAAAGAGGAAGAUGUUGGAGCUGGUGAUCAGGGAUUGAUGUUUGGUUAUGCCACCAAUGAGACAGAAGAGUGCAUGCCAUUGACUAUUGUGCUUGCACACAAACUAAAUGCAAAGCUAGCAGAAUUAAGACGGAGUGGUCAUUUUCCUUGGCUUAGACCAGAUUCCAAAACACAGGUUACAGUGAAGUACAUUCAGAAGAAUGGUGCUGUUAUUCCGGUCCGGGUACAUACUAUUGUGAUAUCAGUGCAGCAUGAUGAGACCAUCUCUUUGAGUGACAUGCAGGAUGCCUUAAAGGAAAAAGUUAUAAAGACUGUUGUUCCUGCCAAGUACCUGGAUGAGAAGACAAUAUACCAUUUACAGCCAAGUGGCCGCUUUGUCAUUGGUGGUCCUCAGGGUGAUGCUGGUGUCACAGGUCGUAAAAUUAUUGUAGAUACAUAUGGAGGAUGGGGCGCCCACGGUGGAGGAGCUUUUUCAGGGAAAGACUAUACAAAAGUAGAUCGUUCCGCUGCCUAUGCUGCUCGCUGGGUUGCUAAAUCUUUGGUGCAUGCCAAGCUCUGCCAUCGUGUCUUGGUUCAGGUGUCUUAUGCCAUUGGGGUGGCUUACCCUUUAUCAGUUUCACUGUUCACUUAUGGGACCUCUGAAAAAACUGAGAAAGAGCUGUUGGACAUUGUCAAUAAGAACUUUGAUCUGCGACCUGGAGUCAUUGUCAGGGAUCUUGAUUUGAAGAAGCCAAUAUACCAGAGCACAGCAUGUUAUGGCCAUUUUGGCAGAGAUGGAUUUCCCUGGGAAGUUCCAAAGGAAUUGGUGUUUUAACCAGAGAUAAAGGAAAAGAUACUAUUGUGUAGGACUUAGGACAACAUUCUUCUUCUGGAAUUCCGACUUAACCAUUACUUAACUGUCUUGAUGACAUUGUGGAAAAUACCAUUAGGCAACAGCAAUGAAUAGAAAGCAAAAAGUUGAAAGCCAAGUGCAAGCAGCUAUUUUCUAUAUUAACUCACACUCUACUGUGCUGCGAAAUUAGCUUUUCUAUUAUCUGCUUACAUGUAGCUAAUGCUCAGUGCAUAGAAUUAACCACUUUAUAUGACCUAAUAAUGGUUCAUUUUGAGUCUUCUACACAAGACUUUAAAAAUGUCUGAGAAAAUGAUGCAUGUUACAAAUUGUAAAAUAAUCUUAAAAAAAAAUGUAAAACUAAUGAAAUAUACAGCUUUAAAAAAAAAAACUGGAAAAAAAAUGUGUGAACAAGAAACUGUUAGCUAUAAAAUUCAUUAGCCUAAGUUGGCCAUACACAUUAGAUAAAUGUUGUCUGAUUCUGCUGAUUUCAGUGGGACCUGCCAACCGUCUAAUUUGUUUUGGAGCCUCCUGACUCUCCCCUGAAAGUAGAUGUCAAUGUAGAUAUGAAGGAUGUCAAGUGCUAGAUACGGCAGGGGCGGACACAGGUAGCAGAGGGCCUCUGUGCAAAGAAUGUGCCUUUUCCCCCGCCCAACCACACGUGCAAAAAAUAAACAUAGGCCAUAGAUAAAGAUUAAUACAAUGAUGUGCGGCCUCAGAAGGGACCCCAAUUUGUCAUCUCCCCCCACUCCUACAGGGAGAGGAGGGGGUGAUCAGGGGCAUCAAAGAUGGUGGAGACCCUUUAGAUACUGUGUUGCAUAUUAAUGCCCCCCUUAAUGCAACCACAUAGUAAUUUUUGACCCUUUGUGCCAGCACAUAGUAGUUAUGCCCAGAUAUGUGCCCCCUUCACAGUAGCUAUUGACAGAUAUGUGCCCCCUCGCAUUAGUUAUGCCCAGAUAUGUGCCCCCUUCACAGUAGCUAUUGACAGAUAUGUGCCCCCUCGCAUUAGUUAUGCCAGAUAUGUGCCCCUUCACAGUAGUUAUGCCAAGAUAUGUGCCCCCUUCAGAGUAGUUAUGACCAGAUACGUGCCCACCACAGUAGUUAUGUUCAGAUAUGUGCCCCUCACAGUAGUUUUGCCAGAUUAGGUGUCCCCCUCCCAGUAAUUAUGAUGCCAGAUACAGUGGAUAUAAAAAAGUCUACACACCCCUAUUUAAAUGUCAGGUUUCUGUGCUGCAAAAAAAUGAGACAAAGAUAAAUCAUUUCAGAACUUUUUCCACCUUUAAUGUGACCU